GAAUGCCGCUCCGGUCUGAAGUAGACGCGCACGCGGGCAGCGCCGCCCUCCACAGCCUGUGGGAGCGUCGCGUCACGCAGCGGCUCACUCAGGAAAUUCAAAACACGAGAGCCUUCCACAACAGACACGCAUCUCUCUGAUCCAAGGUCACGACGAGCCGGCAGCCUGCACGGGACGCACGCACGCGCCUCUUCAUCACAGCCGCCACACAAAAAAGUGAAUAGUCAGCGCUGAGGUGGGCCAGUGAUGCCACCCCCGUCCGCAAGUCCCCCCGCCGUGCCCCCACCAGACGGCGGCUGGGGCUGGGCUGUGGUGUUGGCAUCUUUCAUCUCCAUCGGCUUCUCGUACGCCUUCCCCAAGGCCAUCACCGUCUACUUCAAGGACAUCCAGAUCAUCUUCGAUGCCUCCUACAGCCAGAUCGCGUGGAUCUCCUCCAUCAUGCUCGCGGUCAUGUAUGCUGCAGGUCCCAUCAGCAGUAUACUGGUCAACACAUACGGCUGCAGGCCCAUCGUCAUGAUGGGGGGCUGUCUCUCUGCCACUGGCAUGAUCCUAGCUUCCUUCUCUAACAGCGUGGUGCAGCUUUACAUCUGCAUAGGAGUUAUCGGUGGACUUGGACUAGCCUUCAACCUGCAGCCAGCACUGACUAUGAUUGGCAGAUACUUCUGUCUUAAGCGCCCCAUUGCUAACGGGCUGGCGAUGGCAGGCAGUCCAGUGUUCCUCAGCACCCUGGCUCCUCUCAACCAGUACCUCUUCAACCAGUUUGGUUGGAGAGGCAGCUUCCUCAUCCUGGGUGGCCUGCUAUUGAACUGCUGUGUGGCCGGGUCCCUCAUGAGGCCUCUGAGACCGCCGCCCAGCAAGCUCAAGAAGGAUGAGGAGGUAGCCGCCAUUGCCACCACAACAAAAGAGAAGCACACUGCCUGGCAAACAUUCAACAAGUACCUGGACUUGUCGCUCUUCAAGCAUCGCGGCUUCCUCAUUUACUUGUCAGGCAAUGUCAUCAUGUUCCUGGGCUUCUUUGCACCUAUUGUCUUCCUUGCGGCCUACGCUAAGGACAUGGGCGUGGAUGAGUACUCGGCUGCCUUCCUGCUCUCAAUUCUGGCUUUUGUUGACAUGUUUGCGAGGCCCUCCAUGGGGCUACUGGCCAACUCGCGCUGGGUCCGGCCCAGGAUCCAGUACUUCUUCAGCUUUGCUGUGCUCUACAAUGGAGUGUGCCACAUCCUUUGCCCACUGGUGGAAAACUACACCGGUCUUGUGGUGUAUGCCAUGUUCUUUGGCUUUGCUUUUGGCAUGGUCAGCUCAGUGCUCUUUGAAACUCUGAUGGACAUUGUUGGCCCUCAGAGGUUCUCCAGUGCAGUGGGACUUACCACCAUUGUGGAGUGCUGCCCGGUCCUCCUUGGUCCACCUCUUGCAGGGAAACUGGUCGAUGUCACAAAAAACUACAAGUACAUGUAUUUUUCCUGUGGAAUCAUUGUGAUUUUGGCCAGUAUUUGGCUGUUCAUUGGGAACUUCAUCAACUACAGACUCUUGGAGCGUGAGCGCAAGUGUGCAGAGAAGUACAAACGGACUGAGACAGAAGAUCCAGACAGGGUUCUGGAUCCGAAGGAGGCUGACGAGGAAGCCGAGGCGUCGGAGGAGCUGGUCGGCAAAAGUGAGAAGGACGACGAAGCUGUGCAGCGGGAAACCAACAUCUAGAUCCCUCUGCUCUGCCAACAGCUCACCCCCACCCACGCAGCACCCUCCCUCACGAUCAAACGGAGCUCCAAGCCAAGAGGGGCCUCUCGGUGUUCCACCAGGCUCCAUUCGGGGUCCCCUGACCUUCUUUGAAACUAACUGCCAAAGCAAACACUGGAGGAGGUUGGGAGGCUCAAUAUCUGUUUGUCAAAAAGUAUCAGCUGCGACUGACAGAAAUGUUAACCCCAGAGAAAAGUAUAAGAUUUUGCAUGAGACAAAAAGUCACAAAACUGAAGGGAACAGUGUAACACUAACUGUAAUAUGUUUUUUUUGCCACGUUCACCUCAUAUCGGAUUUACUGUGAAUACAAGACACCAGACAACUAGUGUCCGUAACAAUCAGGCUGUGGGUUUUUAGUUUCUGUAGAAACUAAACAAAAUGGUGCCAACUGAGAGCUAACAUAGCAGCGAAUCCACAGAUGUUGCAGAUGCAGAUAAUUAGAAAAUUAGUUAUAUUCACAGUAAAAAAAUCUACUAUGCUAAAAAAGAAAAAAAAGAAGAGUAUUCUAUAUUAUUGCAAUUUGUUCAUGGCUGAUUUUAGUUAUUGCCAUAUGCCCCAGCAAGUUCAAUAUUCCAAGCUGUAGCAACAAGCAUCAUUCCUUUCUUCCUGCUGCGUCUUCCGAUAUGAUGUGAAUGCGGCAUCAGCGUGUCGCCUUUGUUCCAACAGCACCAGCAAACUGUCUGAAUAGCCUCUCUUCUUCAUAACACACAGAAGUCUUGGUAAUCAAGGACAGGUUAAAGGAACAAGAGGAAGCAGUGAACUGAUUUCUCGGUGGUUAGAAGGACCUUGCUCAACGGUUUGAUGCCGACAGCAGCAGGUUUUCAGCAACACUGAUCCCCAUCUGUGCAUUCAAAGCACGGGUGACUUGGUCCAAGCGCAUUUUUGACAAAUUGUGGACAGUUGGAGGCUCUGAAUGGCCGGUAGCCUUUCACAUCAAAGUUGCUGCUCUGAACGAUGGGAAUCAAACGUCACGAUUUCAGGCUAACGUUCGCAAAAUCACAUCUGCCUUCAUGGUGUCAGCUGUUGAGCCUCAAAAGUUUGUCUGAUUUCCCUCGGUCGGUCAGCUCCGUGAUGUGAAAAACUCCUGACGACUUGUUGAUUGUGUUGCCCGCAGUGUGACUGCAGCGUUGGCAAUCCCAGACACGGUUGAUCCAUCUGGUGAUGUGUGUCAAGCAAGAGCUCAAAAUCCUAAUUGCACUGUGUUUUUAAAAUGGCAUUUGGGUGCCAUAAAAUUCCCUACUUCCAAAAAAUAAUGAACAGAUGUGUUCACAGCUGGCAAUGCUGGUGCCCGUGUAUUAUGCUGCCCGCCUUCACACUGUUACGUGGUGUAGUAAAACCUGCGCAAAUGUCCAACUUUAAUACUUUCGAUCAAGUCAUAAAAUGCUUCCUGUACGUCGCCGAGUGGUCCGUAUUGCACCCGAGCUCAGGACGCUGUGGAGCAAUGGCCCCAAACCGCAUUUUAGAAAAAUGCUGCAAUUAAACGAGUUUAAUUAUGGUUGAAUGUAAUUUCCUCUGUGGGCCUUAACAAGGUAUUAAUGACCAAAAACCAUCUGCAUAAUAGUGGCAUUUCUACACACACAUACACACACAGAGCCCAUGAGCAAUAUCAUUUCUCAUAUUUGAAUGCCGAUAUGCAGGGAAACGUGUUUCUUGUGGACAGCGGCGUCGCUCCAUUCUGUGAUACAUUGCCUUAAAUGUGAUGUAAAGAAUGCCGGGGAGUUGACCAGUGAAUGGUAUUCUACGCAGCUGAUAAAGCUUUGUGUUAAAUGUGACCCACUUAUUCUGAGAAACUCACAGGAAACCAGUGUUGUGUGCUCCAUUUGUCUCCUAACGUGUCCGUCUAAAUGUUAAAGCUGUGAGAUGUGCGUCAUGUUGUUCUGUAACUAAUUCACUAUGCUAAUGCGUUUCAAGGAAUGCGACUGAUGCUACUAAUAACCCAAUGCUAAUGAAGUAUACCAGUGUUUUGAAUCGUUUCGUGUGCAAACAAGUGAACAUAUCAUGGAAACAAUUGAAUUGUUGCUGUGACUGUCAACGUUGUCCAAUAUUCUGUCCAUUCCAGGUGUUUCGUAGAUGUCACCCUGUUGAUGGGUUUUCAGCAGCUUUGGUCUCAGACGUUGACCUAAUGGUGUCCGGUGCCAUAGCAAAGCCAACACGUUUUAAUAACAAAUGUCAUUUUUCAAAAGUGAUCAUGAACAACAACAAAAAAAAAAGGUGCAAUUGUCCCUUUCCGCCCCCCGAGCUUUGAAUAUAUGAAUGUGAAUUCUGAAUAAUGAAACUAGAUGUUCAGCUGUGGCUCUCCCCGGUGUGUCCUCACCUGGUUUAUUUCAACCAAGCGCUUUGUGACUGUGAAAUUCCCUCUGGUUUAUGCUGGUUUAUGGGGGUUAAUGCUGGUUAUGCUGGUAUAUGCUGGUUUAUGCUGGUAUAUGCUGGUUUAUGCUGGUAUAUGCUGGUAUAUGCUGGUUUAUGCUGGUUAAUGUUGGUUAAUGGGGGUUAAUGCUGGUUAUGCUGGUAUAUGCUGGUUUAUGCUGGUUAAUGCUGGUUAUGCUGGUUAAUGCUGGUUAUGCUGGUUAAUGUUGGUUUAUGCUGGUUAAUGCUGGUAUAUGCUGGUUUAUGCUGGUAUAUGCUGGUUUAUGCUGGUUUAUGCUGGUUAAUGGGGGUUAAUGUUGGUUUAUGCUGGUUAAUGCUGGUAUAUGCUGGUUUAUGCUGGUUAUGCUGGUUAAUGCUGGUAUAUGCUGGUUUAUGCUGGUUUAUGCUGGUAUAUGCUGGUUUAUGCUGGUUUAUGCUGGUUAAUGGGGGUUAAUGUUGGUUUAUGCUGGUUAAUGCUGGUAUAUGCUGGUUUAUGCUGGUUAUGCUGGUUAAUGCUGGUAUAUGCUGGUUUAUGCUGGUUUAUGCUGGUAUAUGCUGGUUUAUGCUGGUUUAUGCUGGUUAAUGGGGGUUAAUGUUGGUUUAUGCUGGUUAAUGCUGGUAUAUGCUGGUUUAUGCUGGUUAAUGUUGGUAUAUGCUGGUUUAUGCUGGUUAAUGUUGGUUUAUGCUGGUUAAUGCUCGUUUAUGCUGGUUAAUGUUGGUUUAUGCUGGUUAAUGCUGGUUAAUGUUGGUUUAUGCUGGUUAAUGGGUGUUAAUGCUGGUUAUGCUGGUAUAUGCUGGUUUAUGCUGGUUAAUGCUGGUAUAUGCUGGUAUAUGCUGGUUUAUGCUGGUAUAUGCUGGUUUAUGCUAGUUAAUGCUUGGUUUUGGCUGGAUGCGUUCUGAGGGUGGAACAUUGUCCAGAUUAUCUGCCAGGACAUUUAUUGUAAUAUAAGAUCCUUUCUGAAGGAUUUGCACACUUCCCGUCUGGAGAUGAGCUAGUCUUGAUUUUGACUGCGUCUCCAGCUUGUCUGUUAGGUCAGCUACUCAGAUUCAUUCUCCCAUAAUGCACCAGUAUCUCAUGCCGAUAUUAGACAUUAUUUUUAUAUUGGCGUGUCUGUAACUUCCUUCUAGCUUUAGUUAAUGACUAACAUGGGAACCUUAUGAAUGUUAACUUCUCCUGCUUGCACUUCACUAUGGAUAUAUGCUCAUUGUUCUUGAUGACUCUCACUGAGGGAGAUAGACUGCUGUACAAUCACUUUCUACCAAAUAACACUGCCCCCUGCUGGUGUCAAGCCGAGCUUCCUUUUGAAACAGAACACACUCAUGUUCAUAAAUGAGUGUUUUUAUGAUGCACAAACAAGGUUUCAGUUGUAUGGUUGAUGCAUGUGCAUCAGUAGCAGUGUCUAUGUGAUCAUAGUUUCUUGGUGUUUAUUUGCUCAGUAUACAAAUAGAACAAAACACACAACCUUGUAAUGGUUUGAUGAAACUAAGGGGAAUACCAUUGAGUUUUGACAUUGCAUUACUCCCCCCUCUAUGUAGACCUUAUGUAUUAUGCUCUAUAAUCAUCUGCAGUUCCCACGUUGACAACACGAUGGGAAGGAAUCAAAAAACAUGAUCAGUGACACAAAGUUUAUGUUUAAGUACUUGAGGGUGUAAUGAUAUAGAUAUAUAUAUAUAUAUAUAUAUAUAUAUAUAUAUAUAUAUAUAUAUAUAUAUAAAUCAUGUGGGCUCACAUGAUUCAUUUAAGACACAGGCAACGCAAACCUGAAGCUUGAUGGUAUUCCCUUUACUGUACUUGAUAUUUGUUCCAACUUAAGCAAUUCAUUUCUAUGUGUUUUGGUUCAUAACAUUUAUUCAAAGAACAAAAGGAAAAUUGUAAUAAUUGAAACCAAAUGGAGAUAAUUGAUUUGUUUGAAAUGCACCGAGAGCCUUAUGAAUUAUUAUUGCAUAGCAGCUUGGAUAUGUUAUGUUUCAUUUUGUGUGUACGUGUAGAAAACAGAGGUAUAUUUUGAGGUUCAAUUGAAAUGAAUAGAACAUACUUUCACCCCUCUUGGAUUAUUUCCGUACACUCGCGCGUUUGUUUAGAGGAAAAUAUUUAAAUGUUCACUUUAGGAAAAGCUCUGGCUGAAAACUGUUUUAUUAAACGCUAUAUAGUUCGAUUUUUCUCCUGAUGUGUGGGAGCAAUACGCAUAUAGUGUAAAGGCGUCACGGUUUCCUGUUGGAUUUCAUGCAGUUGUCAGGUACCGCAGUGUUUAUCUGAUAGGAAUGAUUGGUUUCAAACAUUCAUGUCUUGGUCACAGGGCGGAGUCCAGGAAGCAGGUUGUAGCGGACGUCUCUCCGAAUUUCUGUAUUGUUAUGAAACUGGAUGUUUAAAAAAAAAAAUUCUAUCACAACUUCAUUUCGGAUUUUGAAAUCAGGAAUUUCCACAUUCAAAAAUCCAUUUGGAAAAAAGCUGAUUUUAUUUUCUUCAAUAAGCUAAUCUCUGCCCCCUUAGCCAAUGGGACACAAAUUCCAAUUUGCAGAGGAAAACGACCAGCGUGUUAUUGGCACGUGUUAUUGGUGGGGAUUGUAGACACGGCGGUUUGCUACGGGGAGGCUGAAGGACUGUGGAUAACAUCUCUGUGCCUUAUUGAGCUACACUGGCCAUUCAAAUCUGUCACUUUGUGUCACUCAAACUACGACUAUUUAAGUUGAAGUCUGUCCUUUCCUCUUACCGAUUGUAUGAUCACAGUCUUUCACUUUAUGUCCAUAAUCUUCUGGAACUACUUCUCCAAAAUGUACACGUGUAACACACGUGAACACCAGAUGUAGUCUAAGUCGUUUUUAUUCGCUAUAUAUUGUGUUUUAUGGGACAGGUUUGAGGUCGGCGCUGUGUACUACUGGUAGUUUGUGUCAGUCCAUCACGUCCUUCCAGGAGCAGGCGCUCUGUCCCCACGGCAACCCCACUGUACGGCACUGCCUCUCCACUACCUCUGCGGCCGUCGGGUCAGAGUGAGGAGAAGCACCUCAUGGGUAUAGAAAACAGAUUUAUUUAUAUAGAAUAUGAAUUCUAAGAAUGGUGUCACCUAUCACUGUAGCUAAAUGAAAUAAAGUAUAUAUCCAAAUAA